CCAACCAAAUAAAAAGGGUUGUCGUAAUCGAUAGCUGUCAGACAGCCUUUACUUCCUGGUCAAUGACUGUGACACAGGCCGCCGAAGCCUUGCGAAAGAGAUCCUUCUCGAAAUGCGUAAUUGGGUCCCUGGCUGCAGUCAUCUGCACAUGGAGCCUGUUACACAGAGCGUCCAACCAGCUCAACCGCUCUUCAUGCAAUGAUUGCCCCGACAUUAGGCUCGUUUCUGCUUCAUUUCCCCGAAUCAGCGUAUCCAAUGAUGUCUUCAGAUUUUCUGGACCUUCAGACGGUGUAGAUCCCCCAAGCUCUCCGAUGGAAAUACCUAACAUAAGAACGAUGCUGAAACUUUAUCCAAAGUAAACCGGCGAGAUUGUAGCUUUCAUUUCGAGGAAUCAUUGGCCAUCCAUUCUUCAGGCUUAGAACAGUGCAGGAGAUGAAGCAACGGGUUGUUGUUCCGAUGCACAAUUGAUCUGUCUUCCACUCACCGACCGACCACUACCACCCAUGCCUGGUGACCGAGUCUGAUUUGAAGCCGUCGUGUUGGACAGUGCUGCUGAUCCGGAUGAUCGCCGUACCUGACUGGCUUACGUUAUCGAAUACAUAGCCUGAUGUGGGGGUGGGGAAUGUUCGUUUUCUCAUGCCUCGUGGGACUACUAGUACAUAGUAUGAUGGUGAGUUUCGUACGUACGAUCAUCGCCGUGGUUGGUAUCAAUACUGUCACCGUAUCGAUGUUGGUUGGAACUAGUACCAAGGACAUUUUGGAUCUUAUCAAGAUGCGCACCCAGUCGGCGGCUAAAGAUCGACUCCACUGGCCCCAUUUCACUAAUGGUCUUGUGAACAUCGGAAAUAUUCAGGGUUAACGCGCCAAAGCGCCAAGUGGCGCCCCAUGUAACUGUACUGGGUACUCCCAUCCCAUGGUAUCAGUUACCAUACGCUGUGAC